AUGGAAGAGCUGUCGAUAAUCGAUCCUCAUGGCACCCAGCUGCCGCCCAUCGACGGUGGGAAAGACGCCUGGCUCUUCUUGGCCGCUUGUUUUGUCAUGGAGGCCUUGAUUUGGGGAUUCAGCUUCGCCUUCGGUAUCUUUCAGGAUUACUAUAGCACCCAUCCCCCCUUUGCAGGAUCUAAUAAUAUUGCUGUUAUCGGGACCUGUGCGAUGGGUGUCACUUACCUUCUUGAACCAUUGACGUUUGGCAUUCUGCUCACAUAUCCCCGUCUUCGUCGAUGGGCCUGCCCCGUUGGGUUCGUGAUAAUGUGCCUGGCACUGGCUUUGAGCUCGUUCUCAACCACUACCACACACUUGAUGCUCUCACAAGGUGUCUUCUACGGUCUCGGCGCUAACAUAGCGUACACGCCCACUAUCAUUUUUAUGGAUGAGUGGUUCGUGAGAAAGAAGGGUCUCGCGUUCGGCAUUAUGUGGGCAGGAACUGGUCUCUCAGGCGUCAUCCUCCCCAUUGUCUUCCAGUGGCUACUGAACGCUUACGGAUACCAAACUACCCUGCGGGCCUGGGCCUUGACGCUCCUCAUAAUGGCCGGGCCGCUGCUCUAUUUCAUCAAGCCUCGUAUCCCCGUCUCAUCCAGCCUUCACCCUCGUCCUCUAAACUGGACCUUCCUAAAACAACGCGCCUUCGCCAUCUACCAACUCGGCAACACGCUCGAAGCCAUGGGAUACUUCCUGCCCACCAUCUAUCUGCCUUCAUACGCGCGCACCCUAGGCGCCUCAACACUGUACGCCUCGUUGACCGCGAUCCUCUUCAACGUCGGCACCGUCAUCGGCUGCGUCAUCAUGGGUACAUUUGUCGAUCGUUACCACGCGACAACAUGUAUCCUGAUCUCAACGAUCGGGAGCACAAUCGCAGUGUUCGUGCUCUGGGGCGUAUCCUUGAGUUUGGCCCCGUUGUAUGUCUUCUGUAUCGCGUACGGCUUGUUUGCAGGGUCGUUUACCUCGACCUGGCCGGCCAUUUUCAUGGCCGUGAGACGGCAGAAUCCAUUCGCAGAUUCUGGAAUGGUCUUUGGGUUUCUUUGUGCGGGCAGGGGUAUUGGGAAUGUGGUUAGUGGGCCGUUGAGCGAGGCGUUGAUGAAAACGGAUUGGAGGGGCAUUGGAGGAGCGUAUGCUGGCUCGUAUGGUUCUCUGGUUCUAUUUACGGGCAUUUCGGCGUUGUUGGGUGGUGUUAGUGUGAUUGGGAGGCCGUUGAGGUGGGUUUGA